ACGAGCUACCAGUUUUAGAUGAAGUCAACGACCUGCAAAGAGUUAACUGCGCGUAAUGAGGUGCUCUCCUUGACGAGUUCAUCACAGUGUCAAAGUCAGUAAGCAAAUAAAUAACAAGGGACAAAAGAGAAGACAGCUCAUGAGUCUGUAAGCCUAUUUGCAGCUGAAGCCAGUGAAGAAAGGGAACUUGGAGCUCCUCCUAUUAUAUUCUCAGAUCCUUGAAGUUAAUUAAUCAAGGUGCUUACUGACUGCAAAACAUUGCCGAACAAUAAAUCAGCAAAAAUCCCACCUCCAGUUUCCUCGAGUUAUUCAACUAGGAAAUCGACCCUGUAGCCAAUUUAUCAAAAGAACAAAUUUACAUGGAUUCAGUUCAGAAUGGCAGACAUAACAAUGAAAUUCAGGAAGAACCCCAAAGAACCAGUGGCAGGAAAAAGCUUGGAGAUUACAUACCCAUCUACAUUCCAGCAAUUGAAAGGGGUCUCUUCAAUCAAAGCAAACAUGAGAAAGAAGAACGUUUUCUUGAUUUUUUAAAAGCUCACCCAUCCAAUGAAUGGUUUAUAAACGUUUUUGAACAAAAUUUAGUUCCAGCAAAUGAUUGUUCUUCACAAACAGACCCUGAAACCAAUCAUGGCCAUCACCAACGUCGGCGGUUUCGGGUUCCUUUUGCCCGUAAGAUCAACUGGAGUUCUCUAUGGAAAUCUUUCAAGCUGUGGAUUAAGGGUCCUGAGCACAUUGCACUCUUUAUCUGGUUACUAUUUGUUGCAGCUGGUCUUAUCUUACUCUUCCUUGUCAUGACUGGCAUACUGAAUGAAGCAAUUCCGAGCAAAAGCCGUAGAGAUGACUGGUCUGAAAUCAUCAAUCAAAUACUAAACGCACUCUUCACCAUGAUGGCUCUUUAUGAACAUCCAAAGUUCUUUCACCAUUUAUUCCUGCUCUUGAGAUGGAAACCGGGAGAAGAAAGAGAGCUAAGGAAAGUUUACUGUAAGCAUGGAACUUCAAAGCCCAACGAAAGGGCUCAUAUGAUGAUUGUUGUCAUACUUCUUCACAUAACAUGUUUCUCGCAAUAUCUACUCUGUGGUCUCUACUGGGGUUUCACAAGAACAACAAGGCCUGACUUGGCUGUGAACCUCUCCAUUGCUAUAGGGACUGUAGCUCCAAUCAUAGCUGUUUUAUACACAAUGUACAGUCCUUUAGGUAGAGUAAAAGAUGAGAUUCCACUAUCAGAAGAAGAACUACAGAAUCAACCGAGUCAAUCAGUAGAUUCUGACGAAUUCCAACAGAAAAUUAUAAUUACAAGCCCAGAGUGGAUUGGUGGACUAUUUGAUUGCAGGGACGACAUGACUGUUACUUGCCUUUCCUUCUUCUGCACUUUCUGUGUCUUUGGAUGGAAUAUGGAGAGGCUUGGUUUUGGUAACAUGUUUGUUCAUAUAAUCACAUUCAUUCUUCUCUCAGUUGCUCCAUUCUGGGUUUUCGCAAUCUCGGCUCUCAAUGUCGAUGAUGAUACAAUACAGUUGAUUUUGGUUAUCGUUGGAAGCUUGCUUUGUGUCUUUGGACUACUUUAUGCUGGGUUUUGGAGGACUGAGAUGAGGAAGAAGUUUAAGCUUCAUGGAAAUCCUUUCUGUUUUAGUUCUUCCACACUUACUGAUUAUAUGCAGUGGCUGUUCUGUUGGCCAUGUUCUUUAGCUCAGGAAGUGAGAACUGCAAAUUUCUAUGAUAUUGAAGACGAUGGGUUUUACAGGAAGGUGACAGAUGAGGAGGGAAGAGAAGUUUUGAUUCCUUUACCCAGAGAAGGUAAUUUAAGCUUCCUUCAGAACUAUAAUAGGAGCCUCUCUUGCCCAGGAACAAUAGAGCCUGCGCAAUUUCAAAGUUACAGUGGGCCGAUUCACUUAGAAAGAACUUUAACAGCACCAGCUUUGCAACGUCUAAGUCGAGUAGAAGAGGAAAAACAAUUUGCUGAAACAUAAAGGUAAAACUAUGGAAUGUUGGAGAAUAAUAGUGGUUUAUAUUUUUCAUUGAUUUGCUUUGCAUAUGUACAAUCGUUUGGGUGAUGGAUCGCAGCAAUAAUUCUUUUUCCUCUUCUUAAAAA